AUAUUAUAUACACGCGUAUAUAAAUUUAUUCAAUAUUGAAAAUAGUAUUGUUUAUUGAAAUCGUGGGGUAGGUAGUUAUCUCCAUAGGGUUUCUGACAUUUUGGAUCGAUCGGUUGAUUGAGCGGUGCGGAAGAAUGUCAAAUAGCAAGAAAAUCACUCUGAAAAGCGCCGAUGGGGAGGCGUUCGAGGUUGAUGAAGUGGUGGCUUUGGAAUCGCAGACGAUAAAGCAUAUGAUCGAGGACGAUUGCGCCGACAAUGGAAUUCCUCUCCCUAAUGUGACCAGCCAGAUCCUUUCGAAGGUUAUCGAGUACUGCAAGAAGCACGUCGAGGCCACCAAGUCCGACGAUCGUUCUGUUGAUGAAGAUCUCAAGGCCUGGGAUGCCGAGUUCAUCAAAGUUGAUCAGGCCACUCUCUUUGAUCUCAUCCUCGCUGCAAACUAUCUCAACAUCAAAAGCUUGUUGGACCUGACUUGCCAGACAGUUGCAGAUAUGAUGAAGGGCAAAACACCAGAGGAUAUUCGCAAAACAUUUCAAAUUGCAAAUGACUUUACACCAGAAGAGGAGGAGGAGGUUCGUCGGGAGAAUCUUUGGGCUUUUGAGUGAAAAUUAUGUAAUUCGUCUUUUGUUUUUCUUUCUUUGGACAUGUGCCUACUUAAACUUACUUAGUAAAGUGUUAAACAAUUGUUAUUUGGCUCCGGAAUUGCUUCAACCACCUUUAUGCGACCUACUGUAUGUCUUUUUGAAUCAUGUUAUUUAUGAGAACAUAUGUUCUACCAA